AUGCUAACACGCAAUUGCAACAGCAUUACCCGGCUGCAGAUGGAGGACCGCAACAAAUCAGUCCAGAGAGAAUUGACGUCCACGUACAGGAAUAGGCUACCCGGCGGCAUCCAGAACGUGUUUUGCGUCGAUAAUAAGCAGUACUGGGAACUAUGGACGAAGGAAGGGUUUGUACAACACCUCCCUGUGACGGGAAUUCCCCGGCUCCGCACGCAUUGCCUUGGUAAGGUGGCCGAGAGUCGGCUCAAGCUCGCUGCGAAGCACGUCAGGGACAGCAUCCCGGCGCUUCUGGCCGAGGUGGAGUUGUGGGUGGAGUCUGGCGCACGAGGCUCAGAAGCGGAGCAGAAAAAGAUCAUCGUCGAGGCCCUGGACCGGGCCGAGGCUGAUUUGGAAAAGACACUUGUACACCGGAAUGUGGCCACCGCUGCCAUAUCGACAUCGUCGAUGCGAAACACGUUCGAUGACAAAAUCUAUAAAAGCGUGGAGUUCCCAAACUAUGGCACGCACACGACAGAGGCAGUUGGCUACCACAGCUGGAACGAAGAAGCCAUUAAGUGCAUGGUUGACGACUUGAAGCAACCAUGGAGCGACGUACUCAAGACUCUCCGUGACGUACUCAAGACUCUCUGUGACGAGCAUUCUCAAAGUCUACGAUGGAUUGAAAGAAACAUUGACAGGAGGGUGAAUCAGCUGGAAAUGAAACCGUCGACUCCUUCGGCCCUUUUGAAGACAAUCCAAACCCGCAAUGAUGUCUUCAUGUCAGACGUUGAAAAAUGUGUGACGGCCAUGGAAUCGGCCCUCCGCACAUUGGGGAUAAAAGCCUUUUCAGGACUUCGCACCGGCUUGUUUGGAAUGGCUAUGGAACACACCUACUCUUCUGCCAUGCUCAUGAGGGGGAGGGGAUGUACGCAGAGAAAAAUUAGUGCCAUCAACGCCACGCUCGGCGACCCAAAUACCUUCGCAGGGGUCAUAAAGGCGUUCCGAGACGAGUUUCUCAAAGUUGCACAGCGCUUGGAACAAGACGUGCAAGGCGCCAUCGACAACUACCUUAGUGCCGUCAGAACGGCCUUUGACAUAGUCCGCACGGAGAACGCCGCCAAGGAGAGCGAAUCCGACCGUCCUUUUACAGACCGCGUGUCGGCGAGCGUGACAGCAGCCAAGCGGGACCUCGAAAGAUUGCAAAGCGUAUUCGGUCAAAGGUAG